AUGGAUGCUCUCAAGGCAGAAAUCGCAGUCAAGCGCAAGGCUCUGCAAGAGGACCCUGUCCUCGCGCAGCGCCCCACAAAGUACAUGCGCCGCGGCGACCUCGAACGGCUCAAGGAAGAGCGCGCACGCAAGGAGCGGGAGGAGAAGGAGGCUAGAGAGAAGAAGGAGCCCGAGGAAGAAGAGCGCAGGAGAUCAAAAGUAACAGCCGUCCUCUUCUCGUGCGCGCACAGAUUCCCCCUCGUAGAUGCCGCCGCGAGCGCAUCUCCAGCCCCAGAGUCUGCAUUCAACAUUUCAAAUGAAGAAACCGUUCGCCGUCUCCGAGCCAAAGGCCAGCCCAUCCGCCUGUUUGGAGAAUCCGACAAGGAUCGUCGCCUACGUCUCCGUGCGUUGGAGCUCAUUGAGGAGAAGAACAGCGAACGGCAUGGCGGACAAAACGAAUUCAAGAAGGCUCUGAGGAUCGCAGGAGGAACGAAGGAAAAGGGCAAGAAGAAAGAGGGAAAGGAGGCAGAGGCGCAACAAGUCUUGGACAUGAAUCUUGUCAAGACAGACCCGGACAAACUCUACCCUAUCAUCUACUACGCGCUCAAGCGCACGCUGAAGGAAUGGGAAGAAUGGAUGGAUGAGCGACCAGACAGCGUGAAGCGUACUAUGCAAGGGAAGCUUGCUGCCGCAACGCAGAAACAAAGUGCAGAGUAUCUGAAGCCACUCUUCAAGCUGAUCCGAGCAAGAAAUCUUCCUCCGGACAUGCUCGCACGAGUAGCUGAGAUCGUCCACUACAUGCAAAGUCGGCAAUACCAAAAAGCCAACGAUUCAUACCUUCGUCUUUCCAUCGGCAACGCGCCAUGGCCAAUCGGUGUUACCAUGGUUGGUAUUCACGAACGGUCCGCACGAGAAAAGAUCUCCGCAGAUCAGGUUGCGCAUGUUCUGAACGACGAAGUCAGCCGCAAGUAUAUCCAGAGUCUGAAGCGGUUACUGACGUUCUCGCAAACGAAAUACCCGCCAUACGACGUGACUCAAUUGAUGGGGUAG